UCAUCAAAGCCCGUUAUACCUUUAAAGGGUUUGAUUGAAUCGCGCAUAACUAAAUCUGUAUAAAAAGGGCGACAGAUAUUAUCCAAGCAUCAGUUUCGAAGAUUCAUUAUCGUUACUAAAAGACAACCAAAUCUUAUCAAAAUGUUCAAAUUGAUUGUUCUUACCACUUUGUGUGCACUUGCUGCUGCCAAGCCUGGGCUUAUCUCACCACUUUGGGGAGGUAUUCAUGCUCCAAUACUUGCUCCUGGCAUCAUCCAUGAUCCUUUGGCAAUUGCUGCACCUUUGAGCCUAGCUCCAUCCCCAAUCAUUGCUGCCCAUUCACCAAUUAUUGCUGCCCCAGCUCCUCUCAUCAGCCAUGCUCCAAUUAUUACUGCUCAUGCACCACUUUCAGCAGCUAUCCACCAUCCACUUUUGAUUAAGAAAUAAAAGUGUAAAUGGUUUGGUUGGAACGGCUAGGAAAUGACGAUGUAUUAUCAUAUUGUGGAAAAUAGAAUAUUGUGCAAGGAAAAA